AUGCACCAGCUCCACCAGCGACAGGUGCAGCAGGAGCACCUCAACCGACAGCAGCUCCACCAGCAGCAGCAGGCCCAGAAGCAGCAGCUGCAGCAGGCGCAGGCGACGGCCGUGGCCGCUCUCGCCGCCGUUCCCGCGGGACCCCCAGCCCCCGCGCCCGUUCCCGCCCCCGCCCCGGCCCCCGCAGCGGGUGGCCAACAGGCAGGGGCACCAGCGGCCAACAACAACGUGCCGGGAGGGACAAGACAGGGGGAUCAACAACAACAAGCUUCCGCGGGAACGGUUGUAGUUGUUGAGGGGGAGCCGACAGCGACAACGGCGAGGGCCGGCGGCGCGGCCGGCGUGUUGGCGGGGGUCGCGGCGUUGCCGCUGACGGCCGUGGCGGGGGCGGAGGCGAACGGCGAGGGGGAUGUGGAGGCGGAUGUUGACAGCGACGUCGACGAGCAAGAGCUUGCAAAGAAAAUGCAGGCUGGCUUCGCACGACGAGACUACUGCCGCAACCGCCCCCUCGGCAGAGAUCGUUUUGGCAACGAGUACUGGCGGUUCGCAGGGGACAAAAACCUAGUCCUCGUUCGUAGACACGGCUGCUGGUGGGGGGUCUACGACGGCCCGGAAAAGAUGCAAGAGCUGGUGCGCAGCUUGGACAUGGACAUAGACAACGAGAGGAAUCUUCGAAAUAGGCUUCACGAGGCGGUGGACGUGUGGGGUGUGUCGGAUAAGGUGGACCUGUACCUGAAAGCACAGAAGGCGGCGAAGGAAAGGGCGGAGGGCGGCGGCGGCGGCGGCGGAUGGGGGGUGUGGGGCGGGUCGAAGUCCGGUAGGAAGGGCGAGGGUGGUGCCACCACCAACCUGGAGGACAGGAGGAAGGAGGAGGCGGACCGCAUUCGCGGCCACCUUGAGAGGGUGCUUGGGCCCUCGCAGUGGCAAACGUGCCACAAAGCUCGAGACUCGUGGCUCGCGACGGAGUGCCGAUCUCUCGAGGAGUUCCUGCCGGUGAAGGCGGCGGGGUCGGGGGACGUCGCGGCCGACCACCGCUUCGUGUUGGGGAGCAUCCGCCAGCAGCGGCUCUUCGCCCGGUCGGUGGAGCUGCGUCUCGGGGAGUACCUCGAGACGUAUGACGACGAGAGGAUGAAGGCAGUGGAGUCGGCGUAUCGCAACGGGGAUAUCGACCGGCUCCGUAUGGAGAAGCACCGCCUCAAAAGGGACCUCGCGGACGAGCCCGCGGACAACGCGGACGGCGAGGGCUGGGUGCGCACCACCCUCUCCGCCGCGACGCGGGACAUCGCCGCCGAGACCCGCGCCCUCCGCAUGCUCCACCCGCCCGACAUGCGGACCCCCGCGCAGAAGCGCAAGGACGUCGAGGGCCUGGCCGCCGGGGGCCCGUCCGCGAUCGCCACUGCCGCCGAUGCCGUCGAGGCGGCCGCCGCCCCCAGGCGGAGGGCCGCGAGAGAGCACGCGCUCGCGGCCGCCGCGCUGGCGCCGCCGCCGGCGUGGCCUCAGCAGAACCUGCUUGCCGUCGGCGGCGGCGGCGGCGGCGGCGGCGGCGGCGGAGACGCUGGCCUGGCGCUUGGGAGCGGGCAGGGCGGCGUAGGUGCUGCUGCGGCGAGUGGAGGAGGAGGAGUGGUGAGAGAGGCGGCGGCGGCUGUAGGGGGUGGUAGUGGUGGACCAGCGGCUGUAGGGAAUGCGGCUGCUGCUGCUGCCCCGGGGAUGAGCGUGGCGCUCUCCUUGGAGGGGGCCGCCAAGACCCGUAAGGGUGGCCCCGAAACGCUUUCGCCGAGGCCUGGCUCAGCCUCGUUGCCAGGGUUCGACGAGGACGACUUGAACACGUCAAGAACGUACUGGGAACCGUCUGUAGCCCCGGUUGGGCUCGUGUCUCCGGAGAUGGUGAAACUCAAGGUGGAGAUGCUCGCCGUAGCCCUGUGCCUCCCGCAGCAGUGGGAACGCGUAAACGCCGUCCGGUCCGUGUCAUCCAGAGGAAGAAUCCGGCAGCGGCCGGCCGGCUACGAGAACGACGACGACGCCUCCACCGCCGCCUCCGCCUCCGCCUCCGCCGCUGCGACCGAGGCGAGGGCCAGGGCAAUGGCCGGCGCCGCCCCCGAUGGACAGCGCCCGAUCUCGCCCGUGGCCAUGGCGCCGGGGGAGUUCUUCCAGCCGUCGAGGGUGAUCGCGCCGGAGCUCGCCGCCGCGCUGAAGGAGGCGGUCGAGGAGCAGGAGGCCUACAAGACACAAGUGGCCGAAGCCGCCACCUCCGCCGCCACCGCGGCAUCGGCCGGCGGCAAGGAGGCAGCCGUAGACGGCGACGAUGAGGAUGAGGUGGUGGAUAUCGGCAUGGAUGUGGCCAACACCGGCGGAGGUGGCGGUGCCGGCGCCGAGGGAUUGAGCGGGGACCGGCCGGGCAGCGGCGCCGCAGAGGCGGCACCCGGGGGAGCGCCUCCGGUGUCGCCGGCGAAGCCGGAGGUGGCUCCCGAGCCGGUUAUCCCCGAUCAGCCGUUCGUGAGGAAGGCCCAAGGGAAGUGGGCGUCGGUAGAGUCGAGCAGCGACGAAGAAGAUUUCGGGGCGGUGGGAGAGGAUGAGGCGAUAGUAGAAGAGGUUGAUGCGGUGGAUGAGGAGGCCACUGCUGCUGCUGCUGCUGCUGCUGCUGUUGCGGCGGCGGCGGCGGUGUCGGCGUCGGCGUCGGCGGCGGCGCCCGCAACGAACAGCCCAGAGGUGUCGGGAGGCGACCCGUCCGACAUGGCGGUGUCGACGCCAGAGCCAGCCGCUACUACAGCAGCAGCGGCACCGGCAGCAGCAGCAGCAGCAGUCUCGGGAAGCGAUUCUGUGGUCACGCCGGCAGCAACGCCGAACAGCUGUGCUGCGCAAGAGCCUGGGGCAACGGCAGCAGCAGCAGCACCAGCGACACCCGUGUCUUUUGCGGCAGUGCCGGCGGCGCUGGCGCCCGGGGCUCCAACCGCAAUGAAAGUGGACGAACCGCGGCUCUCGCCGUCGUCACCGCCGGCUACUCUGGCACCGUCUGUUCGUCCUCCGGCCCAACCGGAAGCGUUGAUACAAGUGACCGCCGCCGCCGCCGAAGUGCAGCCGAAACCGGAGCAGCAAGCGACGCAGCCGCAGAAUGAGCAGCAGCAGUCUCCGCAGCAGCAGCAGCAGCAGCGGGCUGUGUUACCCAUCACGUUGCCGCCUCCCGCCCCCGAGCCCCCGCGCGUUCAGGUGGUCUCCAUGCCGGUGGAUCUGGAGGACUGGCGGGAGAGGGUGCGGCGCGCCGACGCGACGGAGCAGCUGGCGAUCCUCGCCCUGGAGCUGGACUACGCCAUCCCCCGGGAGGAGGGUUGGCUCGAGCAGUGGUACAAGACGGAGAAUUUCGCCGAGCCCCGGCUGGGCGGCGGCUCGUCGCUGGCCGCCGCCGCCACUCGGGUGUUCGCGCUGGAUCGGGCGCUUCGGUGGGACAUCAUCCCGCGCCCGCGUCGGGGGGGAAGCCGGCUCCCGGGGGACCUCCCCCGAGCGUGGUCGUUCUUCUAUCAGUGCCCGUUGUCUCCCCUGUGCAUGCGGCCGUGCAUGCACAAAGGGAAGUGCAAAGCGCACCGCACCAUGGUUACGCGGGUGGAUCAUCCGAUGAUCGUCCCCGAGUCGACCGAAGCGGCGCCCUAUUUGGCACAGCACGCGACCGGGCAAGCGGUAGCGGCGGCGGCGCACUCGGCGAGUUAUUCGUACACGCCGGCGGUGCCAGCCCCAGCCCCUGCUCCUCAAACGCCAGCGCACUCGGCAAGCUUCUCGCACGUGUAUGCGACCCCUCCGGCGCCCGCAGUGGCGCCGUCAUCGGCGCCAGCAACGGCACCGACUCCGGCUCCGGCUCCUACGGUCCUUGCCGCUCCUCCUCCUCCGACGUACACUCACCAACUUUUCGCCCGACACACGACCCAGGCGCAACUCACGGGCGCCUCCGUUCCCGCGCCGGCUACGGGCACCGUGGCGGCCGCUGCUCUGUCACACGCCAUACACAAUCAGCAGCACUUUGCUGCCGCGCAAGCUGCUGCGCUGGCGCAGCAAGCCUCGGCGAGGGUAACGCCGGCGGCGGACGCCAACACCCCUGUCGCCGCGCCGGUGGCGUACCAACACCCGAGUCCGGCGACAGGACAGGCCCGAGAAGGUGUCGCGGCCGCAGUGGCCGCCGCUUCAGCAGCAGCCGGCGUUGGCGUUGGUGGUGGGAAUGGCGCUGCUGGUAGUGCCCCUCAGCUCACUACGGCGGCGGCGCCGGCGGGGCUCAACCUCGCAGUACCCCCUGCAGGAUUUCCUUUGUGGCGAAGAUCGAGGCAGCGGCAAGGAACGCUUGGGCGGCAACCGCCCGAGGGGCGGCCGGAGAACCGCAACCUCCCCCCGCAACACCGGCGCAGCUGCUAG